UAACACUAACGUUUGCACCGUUUGUACUAACGGUGUAAUGGUAUAUAUUUAUUUGCGCUCGAUUAUAAUAUCCGCACAUUAACACAUGAAACCCCAACACACAUUUUACCUAUAAACAGCUGAUGGAAUCGAGAGAAAACUGAAAUACUAAUAAUAAACCCACUGUGAAAGCCUUGAACCUAGCAGCCAUGGAGGAUGAUCAGGCUCUGGACCCCAGUACUAUGGAACAUAUUCUCAAAAGGCUGGAAGCCUAUGGAGAUUCAUUAGUGGGUGGAUCAUCAAACACUAAAAAAAGAAAACUUGAUAAACGUGCUAAAAGCUCUGUAUUGGACACACUCAAGUCUAACAGUAGUCAAACCCUUGUCUCCAGCGCCAAUAGUACUCAUGAAAGUAUUUCAAAGAAGAAAAGGAGGAAAAAGAAGAAAACGAAAGAAAUGAAAAAAAUUGAAAAACCUGAUGUUGAAAUGUGUGAAGAUGACACAGACAUUGAUAUGGAUGACUUUGAUGAUGUUGAUAAUGAUGAUGAUGAUGAUGAAGAGGAAAAUGUCAAAGAACUGCCUGAGAAAAAAGUCAGUAAAUCUGUAAGGUUAAAGAAUCAGGCUCGACAAAUGGCUGAGGAACUUGGUUUAGUGAGUUUCAAAAAAGAGUUGCAUAGGAAAACAGUUGAAGAAGAGAAACAGAAUGCCACAAUAGCUGGACCAGAAGUUGUAGUGUUCCAAUCACACAAAAGGAAAGAGAGGAAGGAACGAGAGGCUAAAAAAGAAGACGUAGUGAGACCUCGGACCAAGUUCACUCUUGAAUCGGACGAGUUUGAUAUGAAGCAGGCAAGGUUUGAGGUGCGAAAAUACGGCAUAGCAGGUUUCCAGGGAGAUCAGAAAGAGGAAGCAAUGACAGCCCUGCUGAUCAAACUGGGAGCCAAGCCUCCAAAGAACAAGUAUGUAAAUUACAAGGAGUACCAGGAGAAACGUAAACAGCAGAUAUUGGACGAGAAACAGAAACGAGAAAUCGACCGCAAGUUGGGAUUCAAGGUGAAGAAAAGUGGUCCUGAGAAACGAAGGAGGGACAAGAAUGAUAUUGGUCAUCUGGAUGGGCAGGUUGGACGCUGGAAGAACGGCGUACAGGUCGUAAAGAAGGACGAUCUUAAAGGGUUCAAUAAGUCUAAGGUUAAAUAUUAGCACGUCGAAUUGUGUGGCGAAUGCUUGCUUUGAAAUGUUGGUAAAUGUGAAUGUUUUUAUAAAAUAAAAAAUUAAAAAUCUC